CGCGGCGCCUCGCUCCCCUGGGGACGGCGGCAGGAGGAGGGGGGGAAAGUCCGGCCGGCCGCUGCAAGCGUGCCUGCAGCUCUCGCCCUUCUCUGCAAAUAUUGAGCUACCGGCCGGCUGGAAGAGGGGCUCCUGCCCUUUGCUCUGUUUGCCGUUUCCUCCGGCUGUUUGGUUUCAGUUAAUCAUCCUGAGAAGGCAAACAGGGGUGGGGACGGACGCUGGGCCCGUGCCACCCGUGCCUGCCGGGCCCCGGGACCCUCAGCGCAGGGUGGGUGCCACCCUGCCUGCCCCAGGCCUUGGCCACCAGCUUGGGGCCCCCAGGGAGAGUCUCCUCCCCGCUGCCAGGAGGGGAUCCGGCUGCUGGGCUCAGCUCCCUGUGGGCACUGCUGAGGAGCAAGGAGCCCAUGAUGCAUGCUGGGGACCUCUUGGUCCUCUGUCUGCAGGGUCAGAUUAGUCCAGCACUGGGGGCACCAUCCAGGCUCCUUACAGGAUCCCAGGGCAGGAAUACAAAUCAUAAUAUAGAAUAAGACAGGUCCUGGUCUGUGCCGGGGCUGAGAGGUGGUGUAGGAACAGGUGAGGUGAGGAGCUCACAUGGAUGUUUGGCCCUGUGCUGCUUGGGCCGUGGUGAGCUCAGGCCACAUGGCCAGGUCUGCAGGGCCAGGAGCUGCCCCCACGUCUCCCUGCCCGGCCCCCACCAGGCUGGCCGCCCCGCUGGCGCUGUUCUCUGCGGUCUGAAGGUCACGCUGCUGCGCAGUGAGGACGGUGAAGAAACACGGAUCCCUCCAGCGCGCUGGCACUCAGCAGCACUCUGAAGCCACCAGACACAAUGUUUUGGGGUCUCCUUUCUCUCCUCCUCUUUGCCAUGGCCAGCGGAACCCCCAUUGGGGACCAGGAUGAAGACAUCCAAGUGCAGGAGAAUUUUGAUGCUGAGCGGAUGUAUGGGAAGUGGUAUGAUGUAGCCAUUGGCACCACCUGCAAGUGGAUGAAGAACUACAAGGAGAAGUUCAACAUGGGCACGCUGGUGCUGGGCCCUGGCCCCAGUGCCGACCAGAUCAGCACAAUCAGCACCAGGUUGCGGCAAGGUGACUGCACUCACAUCUCAGGAGAGUACCAGAAAACCAGCACCCCUGGCAAAUACACCUACUAUAAUCCCAAAUGGGAUGUGUCUAUCAAGUCUUAUGUGCUUCGCACCAACUACGAAGAAUACGCAGUCAUUCUGAUGAAGAAGACAAGUAGUUAUGGUCCAAGCACCACACUGAAGCUGUACGGGAGAAGCCCAGAGCUGCGGGAGGACCUCACCGAGGCCUUCCGGCAGCUGGCUCUGGAGAUGGGCAUCCCUGCGGACUCCAUCUUCAUCCUGGCCAACAAAGGUGAAUGUGUCCCCCAGGAGACUGCCACUGCCCCCAAGAGGGCGCGGAGAGCAGUGCUGCCACCUGAGGAGGGCUCAGCCGCGGGACCCUUGCCCCCAUACGUUGGCAACAAGGAAGAUGCGUGCCGGCUGAGCCGGGACCCCGGGCCCUGCAGCGGGAUGCUCUCCCGCUUCUUCUACAAUGUCUCUUCCAUGGCCUGUGAGACCUUCCUCUAUGGUGGCUGCCUGGGCAAUGGCAACAACUUCUACUCAGAGAAGGGGUGCUUGCAGGCGUGCCGGACUGAGGCUGCCUGCAGGCUGCCCAUCGUCCAGGGGCCCUGCCAGAAGCCAGUGCUGCGCUGGGCCUUUGAUGCGGCCCAGGGCAAGUGCAUCAAGUUCAGCUACGGAGGCUGCAAGGGCAAUGGGAACCAGUUCUACUCGGAGAAGGAGUGCAAGGAGUACUGCGGGGCUCCUCCACUGGCAGAGGAUGAGGAGUUUCUGCGUCUGUCACACUGAUGUGGGUGGAAGACGAGCACCGAGCACUGGAACCAGGGCCUCGCAUGAACUCCUGGUGGCGCAGGAGAUGUCUUCAACAGUAAAUGUCUC